UUUUCAAAGACAAAUCCAAAUCAAGAUUGGCGACCGUCACCUUCAUACAAACGCUUCUGUUUUCUUCUUUCUCUUCCCAGUUUCGAGUACAGGGAAAACACAACCAGCAACAUCUUUAGUGGUCAUUGCUUUGCUCUUUCGAAUUCAAGCUCUGUAAUUGUCCAAAAACAACAAUGACUGGGAAUUUAACAACAGGUGGAGGUGAAGAUCUUCUCGGAGAUACGAAUGGGAGGUCUGCAAACAACAAUUCGCUAGUUGUUUCCUUUGGUGAAUUUCUGAUCGAUUUUGUACCGACAGUCGGAGGGGUUUCUCUGGCUGAAGCACCUGCUUUCAAGAAGGCUCCUGGUGGUGCUCCAGCUAAUGUGGCCGUUUGCGUAUCUAGAUUAGGAGGAACAUCAGCUUUCAUAGGCAAGGUUGGAGAUGAUGAAUUUGGCCACAUGUUAGCUAACAUUUUGAAAGAAAACAAUGUGGACAAUUCCGGCAUGCGGUUUGACCAUAGUGCAAGAACUGCAUUGGCAUUCGUUACGCUCAGAGCCGACGGAGAACGAGAAUUCUUGUUUUUCCGUCACCCAAGCGCUGAUAUGCGACUUCAUGAAUCAGAACUCGAUAUAAACCUCAUCAAGCAGGCGAAGAUCUUUCAUUUUGGUUCGAUUAGUUUGAUCGAGGAACCAUGCAAGUCGGCUCAACUUGCAGCAAUGAACAUUGCCAAGAAGUCCGGUAGCAUCCUCUCUUAUGAUCCAAAUUUAAGAUUGCCACUGUGGCUAUCAGCAGAGGCUGCUCGUAAAGGAAUAAUGAGCAUAUGGGAUCAAGCAGACCUUAUUAAGGUAAGUGAGGAUGAGAUUACCUUCUUAACCGAAGGUGGCGACCCCUACGAUGAUAACUUGGUGACAAAGAAACUCUUUCAUCCUAAUCUUAAGCUUUUAAUCGUAACCGAGGGGCCAGCAGGUUGUAGAUAUUACACCAAGACUUUCAAGGGGAGGGUUCCCGGCAUCAAAGUUAAACCUGUUGACACUACGGGUGCUGGCGAUGCUUUUGUUGGGGGCUUACUGAGCAGCCUAGCUUCUGAUUUAAAUCUGUUUGAGGACGAAAAGCGGUUAAGAGAAGCCUUAGCUUUUGCAAAUGCCUGUGGAGCCCUGACGGUAACAGAGCGAGGUGCGAUUCCCGCUCUGCCCACAAAACAGGCAGUUUGUGAUGCCUUAACCAAACAUCAUGCAUAGUAGAAACGAAAGGAGAUGAUACUAAUUGAUAUACUUUGUUCUCGCCAUUAAACUCUUUGUAGUUCUGAGCAUGAGUUGCUUCUCAUGGAACAAUUUGAUGUGAUUUUGGCCAGUUUUGUUACCCAGAAAGUGUUGUAUAAGUUCGAAUGUAACAAUAAAAAUUAACGGUGUUUUUCUUU